CUUUACCCUCCCCUCUCAGACUCUCUGCCAACUUCCCGAGGGCAUUGGAUAAAAAACCAGUAAGAGAGAGAGAGAGUAGAGAGAGAACAGAACUCAGAGAGAGAGAGAGAGAGAGGUCACUAACUCCGUCACCGGUUCUCUCUACAUCUCUGCAACUCUAGAAAUAUCGGAAUUCUGAACCAGUUGUGUUGUGGUGUGGGGAGUGGGUAUAGCUUCACGGGCUCCAGACUAUUUUCCAGUCUCUUUCGUCCGCUCACCAGCUUCUCUUCAAUCCAGUGGCUCAUUUCGGGCCACGUCCCCACCCCUCUUCCAGCCCGAUCUUGAUUCAGGUUUUGUUUUGGCUACCUCUCACUUAACCACUCGCCACAAUGAUAUAAUGUGUGUGCGUGUGAGAGAGAAGAGCUAAAGCUUGUGCCUUAGUGCUUGGCUUUUUGAGAGAGAGCGAGAGAGACAGAGAUGGAUCGGUCGGCGAUCACGGUGGGGCCGAGCAUGGACUUGCCGAUCAUGCACGAUAGCGAUCGGUACGAACUGGUGAAGGAUAUUGGGUCUGGGAAUUUCGGGGUGGCCAGGCUGAUGAGGGACAAGCAGAGCGAGGAGCUGGUCGCCGUGAAGUACAUCGAGAGAGGUGAGAAGAUAGAUGAGAAUGUACAAAGGGAAAUUAUAAACCACAGAUCAUUGAGGCAUCCCAAUAUUGUCAGAUUCAAAGAGGUCAUAUUAACACCAACUCAUCUAGCUAUCGUGAUGGAAUAUGCUUCUGGAGGAGAGCUCUUUGAUCGGAUCUGCAAUGCUGGGCGGUUCAGUGAGGAUGAGGCACGCUUCUUCUUCCAGCAACUUAUAUCAGGAGUUAGCUACUGUCACGCAAUGCAAGUAUGCCAUCGUGACUUGAAAUUAGAGAACACAUUAUUGGAUGGAAGUUCUGCUCCUCGCCUAAAGAUUUGUGAUUUUGGGUACUCCAAGUCGUCCGUGCUGCAUUCACAACCAAAAUCAACUGUUGGAACUCCUGCAUAUAUUGCUCCUGAAGUGUUACUUAAGAAAGAAUAUGAUGGCAAGAUUGCAGAUGUUUGGUCUUGCGGGGUGACCUUAUAUGUUAUGCUGGUGGGUGCAUACCCUUUUGAGGAUCCUGGGGAGCCUAAAAACUUCCGCAAGACUAUUCAUCGAAUUUUGAAAGUCCAGUACUCAAUUCCUGACUAUGUUCAUAUAUCUCCAGAGUGCUGCCAUUUGAUCUCAAGGAUAUUUGUAGCUGACCCUGCGAAGAGAAUAACGAUUCCUGAGAUUAGGAACCACGAUUGGUUCCUAAAGAACCUCCCUGCAGAUCUCAUGGAUGAAAAUACAAAUAACACUCAGUUUGAAGAGCCUGAUCAACCCAUGCAAAGCGAUGAUGAUAUCAUGCGGAUAAUCUCAGAGGCUACCAUUCCUGCGGCAGGGAGCCACAGUCUGAACCAGUAUCUGACUGGCAGCUUGGACAUUGACGAUGACAUGGAUGAGGACCUGGAAACUGAUCCUGACCUUGACAUUGAUAGCAGCGGAGAGAUAGUAUAUGCAAUGUAAUGGUGAUCAUUGCCUGCAAGGCGUGGUGUGGGAUUUGCUUGGACCCAUGUCUUUAAAGAAUUUAAAAAUCAUCUCCUGGGUCUUGUUUGUUGGAACUGUGGAAGAUCUUGCCCUUUUUCUGCAAUGGUGGGAUUCUGUGGAGUGAAGUUUGUACAUGUCCAUGAGUAUCUGUUCAUACCGCUCCUGUUGUUGCUCUAUGUAUAAUCUAUUUCGGUAUUGUGCUUCUGUUGAUCUGUAUUUUUACGCUUUGCCACUUUCCAAGUGGAAUUAUGUAUUUGUAGCACUGUUAUAUAACAAAUUGCAUGUUUUUCGUUUUU